UGGAAUCCAACGCAAUAUGGCUGCAUGUGUAUUUCCUGUGUUUAGUCAGCACAGCGGAUGGGCAAUACUCCAGGGGCUAAGGGAUAGGGCAUGCCCACAUGGUCACUCAGUCCCAAGCGUAUCCCAGCGGGACCCAUGGCUAGGAGCAGCCACCCCCACUGUGGCUGGAGUGUGUGAGGACCAGGAUUUGGAGUCAGAAGUCUAGGUGAGGGUCCCCAGUGAGACCCUUCCUUUAUUGAUGGCAGGUCUUUGUCCCUCCCUAUCUUGUCAGUGGAAAGGGUGCCAAUCAAAUGACCCAACACAGAGCUGAAGGGCUGAAAACCCCAGGUGCUCCUGGGAGGCGGCCGCAAAUCUCCGCUUCGGGGCCCCUGAGGUACAGUGUAGGCCUGGGACUUGGACAGAUGGUUUCCAUGGAGGACAAACAAACCUCUACGUGCCCCAGAAGACACAGCCGUGAUACGUCAACACCUUAAUGGUCUAGAGAACACAUCCUCACCAAUGCUGCGUUUGCCCUAACGCAUCCAUCUUGUGUGGUCAAGAGAUACAGCUCACGGUCUGUCCUCAGAGAGCUUACCUUUGACAUACCAGAUUCUCUCUCCCUUCCUCCUCCCACCGGGUAAACCUCCGUGGAACGCGUCUGGCCAGGGAAGGCAGCUGGUACAAUGACCCCCGUCCCUAAGUGACCAAAAUGCAGCAGGAGAGACGACAGCCACUGUGACCACUUGCUCUUCUAAUGCACCUCCUUGCAACUUAUAGAAGAAGGGUUUUGUGUGCUUACAUUUCUAGAGGGAUAAGAGUUCAUCCCCAUCACAGUGGGGAAGCUUGGCAGAGGGAGGGCAUCAUGGCUGCAGCAGCAAGCUGAGAACUCACAUUUCAAACCACAAGCAUGAAGCAGAAAGUGAACUGAGAAUAGCCUGGCUUUUUUUUUCCCAAUUCAUUUAACUUUAUCUUAUGUGCAUUGCCAUGAAGAUGACUGAUCCCAGGUUAUGGGAGUUCCAGACAAUUAGCCGACAUGUAGGCGCUGGGAACUGAACCCACGACCUCUGGAAGAGCAGCCAGUGCUCUCAACUGCUGAGCCAUCUCUCCAGCAUGGCUUUUAAAGCCCAAAGCCCAACCCCAGUGACACACUUCCUCUAGCAAGCCGUCCCUCCUAAACCUCCCCAAACAGCACCGCCAACUGGGGACCAAGUCUUCGAACGUCCAAGCCUGUGGAGGCAUCUCGUUCAAACCACAGUGAUGCAAGUAUCUGAGUCCCUUCUGUUUCUGUAAGCAACCUCUGCAACUAGACUUCAGCAGGAGUCUUACGCUGGCUGUCAUUGGUUCUCUGCUUGGGGGGGGGGUGGCCAUUUAUCUUUAUCUCAGGAAGAGUGUCACAUGACACUAUAACACGAUGAAAGUGGCAUUGCCCCAAUCAGCUCCAGGCAAGUUCAGAAGACACAGAUGAGCCACAGACCCAAAUGACGGCUACCUGCACAAGGCCUGGCUCCCUCACGGUGGUCCUGAGUGGCAGCAUUGAGGGAGAAGUCCCCAAGGACACAGCUUCUGAAGAGCACCAUGCCAUCUUCCUACAUGAAGAGAAACACAAGAGAAAGCAGGCAAGGCCACGGGCAGUGAAGGAGGAAGAUACAUCAGACAUCACAGAGGCCUUUUUGCCCCUGGCCUUGCUGUCCCAUUCUCAGAAGAACUCCAAUCUCGGUGGUAGUAGUUGGCUACAUCGUACCCCUGAGCACUGGAGUGGGCUUAGACACAGGUGUUCUAUAUCAUUCUACAUGAAGGUCUGCUAGACAAGGUUUCUACAUCCAAAGGGUCACAUGGGAGGUCUGGGGCUGUGGCAGCCAUUCUGUAACCACGAGGCAGGCUGAAAGGUCACGCACAGAGCUAGUGAUGCUAUCCCUGAGCCUCUCAGAUGAACACACUCUGAGACUUGCGACAGGGAUGAGCCAGCAAGGUCCACCACUUUAAGUCCAUAGCAUCCUCACUGCUACUAGAGCAGUCAGCAGAGGAACCUAAAGAAGGGCUUGGUAAUGGAAGAAGGGGGAGCGGGUUUGCUGCCUGCAAUGGCGGCUAAUGUUCCUGGGUCCUCACCCCUGCCUCCAGUGCAGUUCUGGACACCUCACACCUACUAACUGCUUAAACCCUAAGGACACAUCCUUUUUUUUUGUUUUUUGUUUUUUUUGUUUUUUGUUUUUGUUUUUUUUUAACAGAGUCUCACUGCCUCUGUCUCUCAAAGGCUGGAAUCAUACCAGGCCUUUGUUUUUUUAUUUUGGUUUGUUUAAGACAGAUCUCACCAGACUGGCCUUCCUCUCCCAGCAAUCCUCUUGCCUCAGCCACUGGAGCCCUGAGAUCCUGCUAUUACAAACUGCCUCUCCGUUCUCAACACUUGCCCCUUAAGGCCGACUCUUGAUAGUUGACAGUAUCAUGACACUGGACAACCCAAGAGGAGCCUUUGGAAUGUCACACAGCCAGGAGAGCUUAGGAAAGCUCUGGACGUGGCCGAGCACAGGGCUCCCUCCUGACAGCGCGGCUCCCUGCACCCAGACAGUGGCUCUCCCUCCUCGGUGGCCGGGGAUUAGCUCUCUGAGGACUAGCGACGGGAUUAGCACGCGCGAAAGCGGCGCCCGGCCCGGGGAUUACCGCACCUCCCACCCCCGACGUAUAUAUUCGGCCGCUCGCGCCGGCGACCCGCGGGCAUGGCGACUGCAGGCAGCGCGGCGAGCCGCAGGGACCCUGGACGACCCUGCCCGUUCUCCAUCGAGCACAUCCUCUCCAGCCUGCCUGAACGCAGGCCCGCGGCGCGGCCGCUGCAGCCCGUCGGUGGCCGGAACCCCGCUGAGCCCGACGAGCCCGAGGCGCCUGCCGCCGCUGCGCCCUGCGCCUGCUGCUGUUGCUGCGGCCCGCGAGCAGCACCCCGCGGAGUCCCGGAGCCCGCGUCCGGACCCGGCGUGCGGCUAGCGUGGCCGCUGAGGCUGGCACCCGCCGCUCCCUCGCCCCUGACGGCGCCGAGCGCAGGCUCGCCGGCGCUGACCGGCACGAGCGGCCCCGGCCCGCAGCGGCGCACGCGGCGCCACCGCACCAUCUUCAGCGAGGAGCAGCUGCAGGCGCUCGAGGCCCUCUUCGUGCAGAACCAGUAUGCCGACGUGGGCACGCGGGAGCGCUUGGCUGUCCGCAUCCGCCUGCGAGAGGAGCGCGUGGAGGUCUGGUUCAAGAACCGCCGGGCCAAGUGGCGACACCAAAAGCGUGCUUCGUCAGCGAGGCUCCUGUCUGGAACCAAGAAACCUCCCAAGGACAGCUGUUGACAGUGUCUGGAGUGUCUCCUGGUUUGGGCAGUGACGUGGAGCACAAGAAAGUAGGAGGGAGGGAGACAGACCUACUUGAACAGAAACUAAGAGAGGACCGCAGUCUUCCAGCUGCCCAGUGCUGAGAGAGAGGGAAUCCAAGACCUCCUCACCUAUGAAGGGAGGGCACAUGGGGCAGGAACCAGAGAUCUCCUGCAGGAUUAAAGCCGGUGGAUGGUGGCAAGGCCUCCUGGGAUUUGCUGUGGCCUCUAAGUACCACCAACUUGCUUCACAGGUCCUGGUGUGGUGAUAAUCUGUGAGAGAUGUGGUCCAUCCAUGAAAGCUAAACUCUAGAACCAAUGGCAGGAGGUCUUGGCACUGUGUAAAGAUGGCUGGUUUGGAGAACACUGAGCAG